AUGGAGUUUGACUUGUUUCAUCAUCUUCAUAGAGAGACUAGUUCUUUGCUUUUUAAGUUGACCAAAGAUCCUGAUCAAUAUUUUAUAGGUUACAAAAUGAAAAUCCUGCAUACUCUUUGGAACAGUCCAGUUGGUCUCAAGACAACUCACUUUUGGGGCCCUUUUUUGAACUGGAGCAUUCCAAUUGCUGCAUUUGUAGACACAAAAAAACCACCAGAACUUAUAUCUGGGAACAUGACUGCAGUGCUGUGUGUAUAUUCAGCAAUGUUCAUGAGGUUUUCAUGGAUGGUACAACCAAGGAAUUACCAUCUUCUUGCAUGUCAUGUCUCCAAUGAGACUGUUCAGCUCUAUCAACUCUCUCGUUGGAUCAACUCUCAAACUCAACAAAAAAGCUUGGAGCAGAAGAAUGAGGAGGGUGCCAAACAAAUCUCACUGAUUAUUGAAGAAGAAUCAACCACAUGA